AUUUAUUUACCAAUUUAUUUUUGAAGGUACUUACUGCACUUAUUUUUUUUAAUUAAAUUAUGUGACAUUAAAAACAUCAAAUCAAAUAAGUUGAGAUGAAAGUGACAAUCAUUAAUAGAAUUCUAUUUUUUUAAUACGGCAUUCAUAAAAUUGUUGUAAAGAAGAAAAAAAAAUUGUUUGGUUCUUACGUAACAUACAUGAACGAAAACGAUUAUUUUCGAGAGUGAACACUGAGCGCCCUUCUAAAGAAGAAAGGGAAGGUAGAAAAAAAAAAGGAUAUCGAGUUUUAUUACGUCGGUUAGACCUUUUUUUGUUCUCUAUCAAGUGAUGCAGGAGGAGAUGGAGAAACGGAUAAAAUACUCCACCUUUAAUUAGCUUUCUCAAGAGCAGACGACUAUUUGUCGAAUUGAUUGAAUGAUAAAUCUUUUGAAUGUUCUAAAAUAGAACUUUCAUUCAUUAUUUAAUUUUGCUUUGAUACAAACACGUGAUGGAUUUCGAAGAUGUUCUGGAGGAUGUAGGGGCUUGGGGACGCUUUCAGAAAUGUUUGUUAGCCUUUUAUGGAUUCUCCGUGUCUAUGGUAGCUUCCAUUCCCGGAAUGGUCCUGCUGUUCAUGGUGAUGGUACCGGAUCACAGCUGUCAUAUACCGGAAUUGGCAAAUGUGACCAGGAAGGAUACGAUACCGUUUCAACCCUCAGAGUCGGACGCAUCAUGUCGGAUACACGUUGUGAACAAUAGUAGCACUGAAGAGAUGACAUGCAUUUACGGUUGGCAAUACGACAAAACAUAUUUUGAUGACACUGCUGCAACAAAGUGGAAUAUGGUAUGUGAUGAUAGCCAUUAUCCCAGUUUACUCUUGACUCUGCAGAAUGUUGGAAGCCUCAUCGGAGGAACAAUUUAUGGUGCUUUAGCUGAUAGAUUUGGAAGAAAGCUGCUGUGUUUUGGACUGUUACUUUUGUCAUCCAUCACCGAUUUAGCAUCCGUGUUCGCCAACAGUUUCAUCAUUUUUUGUAUUUUAAGGGCAAUCAAUGGAAGUGUCCUUCCCACCAUGUACAAUCUACCCUACAUACUAAUUUCAGAAUUCAUGGCUCCAGAGAAGCGCGUCCUUGUCAAUGUAGUUUUCAAUAGUGGUUGGAUGACUGGGAUGUGUAUUUUACCUUUGGCCGCUUACUUGACCAGAAGUUGGGUUCUUUUGGGCAUCUUCAGUUCCAUUUGCACUGCAUCAGUGUUACUCUUUUNUUUUCUUCCCAUAUCUGCAGCAGAUCGAGUCAGAUUUGUACCGUUGUCAGAGAAAACCGUUGUUGGUCUUCCUCGUCGUGCUAUGAACCUUCUACAUGCCAAGAGAAAAUCCGUGGAAGUUGAAGUAACUAAUUCAACAUGA